CGGGCGUUUGCUUUUUUGCGACUUUUCACGCCUCCUUAUUCCUUUGGGUGUGGUUUGGUCCCGCCAGCCGGCUUGAGCCUACUCCCUUGUGAAAGGGGAAAGUAGCUCCCGCGGAAAGCAGUUAAAGUUGCGGGGAGGGUGAGAGACGGGAGUUCUCCCCCAUGGCAGCCGAAUGGUGCAGCCCUGAGCUCGUCCGGGAUCCGGCCCGACGUGUCUGAGAGAGGCCCCAGGGGGCGGGGAGGUGGCCCGCAGAACGCGGGUUCUGUGAGGAGACGUGGGGAAGAUUCGACUCUGAGAAGAGGAAGAGCCAGACUGAAAGGGAGCGAGGCCGCUGAGGGGGAGGGGGCUGCCAAGAUGGCGUCAGCCUCCUCUGGGCCGUCGGCGGUCGGGGUUUCGUCCGCGGAUCCCGGGGUCUCUUCCGGUACCUCGUCCUCAGCAUCUGGAAUCAAGAGACCCAUGGCAUCUGAGGUGCCUUGUUCCUCUGGCAUGCCCAUCAAGAAAAUAGGCCACCGAAGUGUUGAUUCCUCUGGAGAGACAACGUAUAAAAAGACGACCUCAUCAGCCUUGAAAGGUGCCAUCCAGUUAGGCAUUACUCACACUGUGGGGAGUCUGAGUACCAAACCAGAGCGUGAUGUCCUCAUGCAAGACUUCUACGUGGUGGAGAGCAUCUUCUUCCCCAGUGAAGGAAGCAACCUGACCCCUGCUCAUCACUACAAUGACUUUCGGUUCAAGACUUAUGCACCUGUUGCCUUCCGCUAUUUUCGGGAGUUAUUUGGUAUCCGACCUGAUGAUUACUUGUACUCCCUCUGCAGUGAGCCGCUGAUUGAACUCUGCAGCUCUGGGGCUAGUGGUUCCCUCUUCUACGUGUCCAGCGACGACGAAUUCAUCAUUAAAACGGUCCAACAUAAAGAGGCGGAGUUUCUGCAGAAGCUGCUUCCAGGAUACUACAUGAACCUCAACCAGAAUCCUCGGACUUUGCUCCCUAAAUUCUAUGGACUGUACUGUGUACAGGCAGGUGGUAAGAACAUUCGAAUUGUGGUGAUGAACAAUCUCUUACCACGGUCGGUCAAGAUGCAUCUCAAAUAUGACCUCAAGGGCUCAACCUACAAACGGCGGGCUUCCCAAAAAGAGCGAGAGAAGCCUCUCCCCACCUUUAAAGACCUGGACUUCUUACAAGACAUCCCUGAUGGCCUCUUUUUGGAUGCCGACAUGUACAAUGCUCUGUGUAAGACCCUGCAGCGCGACUGUUUGGUGCUGCAGAGCUUCAAGAUAAUGGACUAUAGCCUCUUGAUGUCAAUCCAUAACAUAGAUCAUGCACAACGAGAGCCCUUAGGCAAUGAAGCACAACACUCAGUUGACACUCGCAGACCAGCCCCCCAAAAGGCUCUCUAUUCCACAGCCAUGGAAUCUAUCCAGGGCGAGGCUCGGCGAGGUGGCACCAUGGAGACCGAUGACUAUAUGGGUGGCAUCCCUGCCCGGAAUAGUAAAGGGGAAAGGCUGCUGCUUUAUAUUGGGAUCAUUGACAUUCUGCAGUCUUACAGGUUUGUUAAGAAGUUGGAGCACUCUUGGAAAGCUCUGGUACAUGAUGGGGACACUGUAUCAGUCCAUCGCCCAGGCUUCUAUGCUGAACGGUUCCAGCGCUUCAUGUGCAACACAGUGUUCAAGAAGAUCCCCUUGAAGCCUUCUCCUUCCAAAAAGUUUCGGUCUGGCUCAUCUUUUUCUCGGCGAUCAGGCCCCAGCGGCAACUCCUGCAUUACUUACCAGCCAUCGGUCUCUGGGGAACACAAGGCACAAGUGACAACAAAGGCGGAAGUGGAGCCAGGCGUCCACUUCGGUCGUCCUGAUGUUUUACCUCAGACUCCACCUUUGGAGAAAAUCAGUGAGGUCUCGACUAUUCCUGACCCCUCUCUCUCACCUGUAGUUGGAGAGACUUUGCAAAUGCUAAAUACAAGUGAGCAAAAAAUCUCAGAAGACCUGGAACAAGAUUCUGCCGUCUCUGUGAUUCCAAGAUGUCAGCCCUUGUCCCAGCAGUGCUGAGUUUUCUUCUUCUUGGUCGUCAAAAAAGGAGUGUAAUGGAGACUAGGGGAGCUCUCCAUCUCCUUCCCGAAGAAGACCCUCUCCUCCUUCUCCUUCCUCAUGAGUGGGCAUUAGUGCCUCGGACAGUUGAGGACAGCUGCAUCCUCUCCACUCCUGAGUUGGGUGGCAUGAAUUUUCAACUGGCCAACCUUGGCUUCUACAAUUGAAUUUUUUCAACCCCCCAUUCUUCCUGCUGGAAGUGGGGUUGCUGGACUUGGUGAUUUUCAUCCCCCUCAUCUACCUUUCACUAGGAGCUGGACUCUUAAUUUCCUCAGGACAGACUGGCUGGCACAUUAUCCCCACCUCAGCUCUUUCUCUCUGGAAGAAGACCCUGUAAUCUUUGUAAAGGUUUUUCGGGGAGUAAGGGUAUUUAACCACCUCCCAAUCUUCUUCUUUUUUUCCUUAAAAGAGGAAAAGAAAAAAUAGUGCACAGACAGCAUACAAUUUCAAGCCAGACAGUUUCAGAUGAAAACUCCAGAAGUGUUGGAGAGAUGGCAAUUCAUAGGGUUCCCUCAGAAGAGUGCUGGUGUUUCAGAAACAGAUGUGUGGUGAUUGCUCUGCCAGGAGCAGCUCCUCUUUAACUCCUCCUCUCUGGAUGAAUUUCUUAAGGCUGAAGGAAUGGAGAGAGUGGGACAUGGGGUAAUCUUUACCCCUUUUUUUAAAACUGUGGGGCAGUCAUGGGGAUAGAUCAGAGCCCUUCCUAAGCAGCACCCUACUCACUGCCAGGCUAUAAUGAUUAUUACUGUUUUGCAAUUUGAAAUGUAUUUUGGUUGUUUUUCUAAAUAUAAAGACUUAUCAAAUGAAUUUAGAUCCUUCUCCAAAGGAAGUUUCUUCUUUGCUCUUCCUACCUUUUCCAACAGUGUUCUGCUGUUCCUGGAGCUGAGGCGAAGAGGGGGACGCCUGUGUCUGUUUAACGGGCAGUCCGUAUCUGUGAGGCUAGAGAAUAUUCUCUUAAACUCAUGGGGAGCCAGCAGAUUCUUGCCUCGGUGAGGUCAUUGUUGUGCCACAUGCCCUGCCCCCUCCCUUCAUGCAGAGAACUUGGAAAUGGGGGCUAUGUAAUCCUUUUCCUCCCCAUCUCCAAGAGUGUGGUUCUCAAUGUGAUCCUCCUACUCCUGUCGGGGGAUUAAGGGGGCCUGGCAUCUCAGGCAGAUUGUUGAGUUCCCAUACUAUCCCCUCUCCUUCCCACCCUACCUUGAUAGUAGGUUAGCCCACACCUUGAGUAACUGUCUAUAUUAGACACCCCCAGCCGGUUUCUGGCUGCCUGUCUUUGCUGCCAUGUUCUUUUUUACAAGAAGGAAAGAAACAAUUCUUGCUAUUUUUUUUUCAUAAUUUACUAUUUAUGAUGUAUUUAAGUGUUUUUUUCAGGACAGAGUUCUGUAGGGGUUGGGAGGGAAUAUUUGAGGGAGGCUGGGUCUUAGGGAAGGGAAUGGGGACUCAACAUUUUUAUGAAGUGUCACUAUUUGCCUCUACUUUGUAUUGUUCAGAAAUGGCAAAUGCAAUAUAAAAGUGAUAAAUAUCUGGUUUUAAUGUAUUAAACUUUGAUCAGUUAUUUAGA